AAAGCCAACAAAGAGAUGAAAGCAAUCAUCUUUUCACAUUGAAACUGAAUGUCUCCUCUUUCUCCCUUUAGGCAUGGUAGGCCGAUGCCAUCUGUUGGAAAAUUGGCCGCAUGAGUUUUGUACUUUACUUGCUUGCAACUCUACUUGCACAUAUGAACCUCAGACCUCUUGCCCAAACCAUCUCUCUCUCUCUCUCUCUUUCUUUCUGGUCGACGAACUUUUGUUACGGAGUCUUUAUGGAAUGAUCACUCCUAGAGAAAUUGAUACAAGUUUUUCUCUUUAAUGGGUUUCAAGCAGAAAUGGGCUCCAGAAGUUGCAGACAAGCUGUCCUCCCUAUUCUUUUGAUGAUCGUUUUCUCCGGAGUCAGCUCGAAAGUUAUUGCAGGGAAUGCAUUAUCAUCCCACAGUCGUGCACCAGGGAGACAUCUCCUUCAGGUUGACAGUGCUUCAGAUACCGUAAGGUACUCGGGUGACGACACUGUUAGAGUCGAUCCGCUCGACAAUUUCAAGAAAUACAGAGGAGGAUAUAACCUAACCAACGUGCACUAUUGGAGCUCGACAAUAUUUACAGGAGUCUAUGGAUACACCAACGCAAUCUUGUGGCUGCUGAUUGGGGUAGCAUUCGGGUUUUACAUGCUAUUGGUCAGGUCUUGUGUUGGGAGUACAGGAAAUUGCAGAGAACUUCAGAAGAGAUCACAAUGUCACAAGCUAUGCCCUCUGUGGCCUGUUCUAAUUGCCUUUAUCUUCAUGGUCUUAGCAAUAGUGGCAGUUGGGUUAGUGCUUGGGGCCACUGCUGAAUUCCAUUCGAGGGCGAAGACUGUAGUGAACAUAAUCAUUGACACAGCAGACGAUGCAUCGGAAAAGAUAUACAACACCACAGGAGCGAUAAGGGGCAUCAAGGACACUUUACUAGUGUCUGGAAGCAAAUAUACCUCUACCUCUCUCAUGACCACGUCCGAGAAAUUGGACUCUGAGGCUGCCAAUAUCCAAAGACAGGCUAGGAACAACCGGCGAUUGAUCAACAAGGGCUUGGAGAUAGUGUACAUAGUAACCACAGUGACCAUAUGCUUGAACUUAGUUGCCGUCAUAGCUCUGUCAGUUUCUGGGUUUUUAAGACUACCGCGUCUGCUUUACUGGUUGAUCGCAUUAUGUUGGCUAUUGACAGUCCUCUGCUGGAUCUUCUUCGGGUUUUAUUUCUUCUUAGAAAGGUUCUCGAGCGAUACAUGCACAGUUCUGGACGACUUCCAACAAGAUCCGAACAACAACAGCUUGAGCUCGAUCCUCCCCUGCGAUGAAUUUCUCUCGGCAAAGCCCAUUCUCUCAGGUGUCAGCGCACGAAUAUACGAUAUGGUCAACAAGGUGAAUGCAAACAUAUCAAAUCUUCAGGCGACAUUGUUCCCAAAUCUCAUGUACGUCUGCAACCCGUUCUCGCCGCCACCUGAAUAUUUGUACCAGCCGGAUAAAUGCCCUGGGAACACAAUUCGAAUAGGAGACAUCCCAAAGGUAUUGAAGAUCUUCACUUGUUCUGACCCGAAUGGUGGUAACUGCUCCGGCAGCCAGUUCAUAUCUGCCAGCAAUUACAAGAUAGUCGAGGCCUACACGAGCUCGAUCCAGAGCCUGCUAAAUGCUUACCCAGGCAUGGAGAGCCUGAUCGAAUGCCAAUCGGUGAAGGAUGCAUUCUCACAGAUCCUAACCAGACAUUGCAGGCCACUAAAGAGGUACGCCCGGAUGGCCUGGGCGUCCCUCAUGCUCCUUUCGGCGAUCAUGGUGUUCCUGGUCCUGAUAUGGACCACGAAGGUGAUCCAGGACAAGAAACAUCGACAUUCUGAUGGUUCAGUGAAGCCUCACUUGGGAGAACUGGAUCUGCAGGAACCUGGGAAAACUAAAGGAUUCCAGGAUAAUGUUGGUUACGGCUCUGUCUAGGGAAUGUUUAGAACUUGUUUGAUUUUUCGGAAGGAAAAAUUGCGCAAGCGAAUUCCAAGAACCCGGGUUAUAGGAGAGAUAUAGAGAGCGAGAGAUCCGAGACUGUUUCAUAGCUUUGAGGUGAACAGUUGCUGGAAUCUCCCAGGAAAGAAGAGUAAGCAAAGAUUUGAAUUCUUUUAGACAGGGAUACAUGGCUUUUUGUUUUUAACUAUAGGGAAAAAUGUCAAUCAGGGGAUUCAACCCCGCCAUACAAUUCAUUGUAAUUUUAAUUCUAUAAGCAACUGGAAAGGCAAUGGAAUUGUCAAGAUG